AUGGGCUACACACGUGAGCGCACCCACCGUCACUUCUUCGUCGCGCGGGCAAAUGCCUUUUUUUCACGGCUCCCCAUCGCCCGUAUUCAGCGAUCGCUGGCGUUGGAGGCAAUCAAGCAAGGGCGCAUGAAACCGUGGAAACACACAAAGGAGCAGAUCCUUGGCGCUCCAAUAACAUGCAACUUUGACUACAACCCGCGCCCAGUACGACUUAUUGGCACUGUUAUGGACGCCCAUACGGAAGAGACAAGUAUCAAGGGUGGUCUGAAGGUCUACGCGCGUAACGAGGAGACGAACAUGAUGUUGUGGAUCCCUGUGGGAAACCCAAAGCUGAAAUAUGAAGUGACAGCCACCAAAGGAAGCUUUCAACACUACCUGGACGAACGGGAUAAGUGGGAUGAGGCAUGGCUUACGGGUCGCGCAAGGAUGAAGUAG